GAAUUCUUGCUCUUCUUUCCCACCCCCUCUUUUUUUUUUUUUUGAACAAAUUAUCAAGGGACAUGCUCGAAAUCCGCUCAUGAAAAGUGAAGAAUGCACCUCAAAUUGACAGACUGUCAGUUAACAUGUCCCAUAAAAAAAAAAAAAAAAACUAAAAAUAACCUAGGGUUUUUUUUUAAAACUUUUUUUGCAUACGUUUUUUUAUUUAUAAUAAUCGAAUUCAAGACUUUAUUGUAGGAAAAUCAAAUUGUUUUUACUCCAACCAACAGAUGGCUACUAAAAAUAAUCUACGGCUUGAUUGCUGAGAAACUAUUAAAAAAAAAUUUGUGCGGGAACUGCGGGAGAAGAAGAGAUGGGAGGGGGAGGGGUAGGGGUAGGGGUAAGAGGUGAGAAAAACAGAUUAGUUCCAACGACUCUCAGCCAUGGAAGAAACUGUAGCAGCAGAGCUUCCGCUCACAGUUCAGGAGGCUGAAGAAGCAGAAUCAACUGAAAUAAAAGCAGCCCUCCGGAAAAGGUUGAAGUG